AACCGCCACAAGUCGGUACAAACAGAAUCUAUACCCUUACAAUUAACCGCGCAAUGCCGAACCUUUAAAACACCACAAAACCGCAAAAAAUGGCCGAAACACUUCUAAAUCAAGUUCUAAACCAAGAAACCCCCAUUGAAGACUUCCUCGAAUGGCUCACUCAACUCAGCUAUCAGGACCCCGAAUUUAUCGAACUUUCCGCAAAAUAUAAAUGUUCCCGCACCGACUUCGUCACAUAUUUCCUAAACUUCAUCCACGAGGAAGUAGGGAGCUUCAUCACCGACAAAAAUCAAGAAAUUGAUGACUCUACAAAGAGUAGUAACGAAAUCAACAGAUCCCACAGUUUCCCGCUCGAUUUGAGCUCAGAGAUUAACACGAGCACCCCCAAAAUCACUAAAGUGAAUUCUGACAGCAGCGUCUUGAACUGCAUGAGCCCGAUUUCUCCGAUCUAUAAGACGCACCAUAGUUUUUCGACUCCGAAAGGUCCCAAGUCAUCUCUGUGUCUUGGGGAUUUUAUGGUGUCGAAGAAAGUUUCUUCGAAGAAGAAAAACUCAGAAUCGAAGCGACGCAUUAAACCUACGAAUUUGAACCAUAGCAAUAAGAACAACUUCCACAAGUCGGAGAAUAGUUUUAAUUUUAGUAACGAGCUUGAUGAGUUUCCGAGCGAGCGGAAUGUUCUAGUUGAAGAGAAGUUGCGGAUUUUAUCACGUAGUGCUAUACAGGGUGUUACUGGGAGUCCUAAAAAAGUAGCGAGGUCGUUUUCCGGGGAGAUUAAACCAGAUGUAGAGUUGGUAAGUCACCAGAAAGAAAUUGAGCUAGUGGUGCAAAUUUACACCGAGCUUUUGGAUAACAGUUUUGUUUUAAACUUGACGAGUGAAGUGUACUUUCUCAUUUCUUUGUUGUUGAAAAAACAGCACUACAGUGUUGAAUGGGGUAUAGAUGUUUUAAGUGAUAAAGUAACGGCGCAGGUUUUAUUUAAUACGGUGCACAACAUAGUCUAUUUUGCGUGUAAAUGUAUUGAGAGGCAAGCACGUGUUUUACGGAAUUAUGACAACUCGACUAUUCGUUCACUCACGGAGAACGAGCGCUUAAAAUUGUUUUCUCCACAAUUAAUAGAGGGUUUACAAAAAGUGUCUAAACCUGACAGGAUUAUAGAAAUUGAAACCACUCAAAACAACAUUUGUUUUAAUUCAGACACUGAUAAUCGACAGAAUUUCCCCAACGAUCUUUCUUUUCACGCGUUUCGUAAACAACGGGACUUGUUUUAUGAGAUUUUGAGGAUUUGGGACGUCCAUCAUUUGGCGCCAGGUUUCAGUUUUAGUAUCAGUUUAAGCGGGAAAAUUAAAACUCUGUUAAGUCUUUCUUCAGAGCCAACGAAUUUUAUACAUUUUGCGAGGCUGUUUAAAGCACAAUUAUUGAAUACUUGCCGUAAUACAGAUAGUGACUUUAUCACAUCUUUAGAUGUUGAUGCACAAAAACUAAAUAAAUUAAAAAGUCGGUGUGUGACAAAAGGGAGUUGUCAGGGGUUGAAUUCGCUACCAGUUUUUAAUGAGGUGGAAGAAUUUUAUAAAGAGUUUAUUCUGGUGGCUUCGAAUUACGUUUUCAAUAGGCAUUUGGCAGAUACGCUCAUCGAGGAAAUAACUGAGUUGAAUGAGAGUAAUUUUGGAAGCAAUGAAUUGGAAGAGGAGGAUUUUUCACAAAAUGAUGUGGAUUUUGUGACGAAGAAAUCUUACUACACGUGUAUAAAGAAUUUAAGGACCUUGGCAAAAUUUGUAGGGUUCGUGGAAUCCCUUCCAUAUAAGAGCGAAGUCAGCAACUAUUCAGAGAAUUUAUUAACAACGCAUUUAAAAAUUAGACAACAGAUUCGACCAACCUUCGACGUGAAAACUCUCCUCGAAAACUCUAUCAGACGCAAGUCCGUGAUACUGUGUGUCCCUUGGUUAAUAAAAUACCUUUCUAUGUUAGAUUACAUAACGCUCAAACUACCUUAUUACGCACAAGUCCACACAACUCUUUUCUGGAUCUAUCGAAACUUCGAUUGGGGCCCGGACCCCAACAUCUUUCUCAUAAAAUUCUGUCUUGGUUGGUUAUUCGAGCUUCCACACUUACCUGAUAAUAACUUCCUCCAUUUCUGCACACAAACACCAAAUUUCGAUGACACGACUAAUGCGAACCCAAAAUUCUACCUCGACCAACUGGAGAUCGUCGAUCAAGAUAUACUUUACUUCUGUUGCCCAUAUUUGGAUGAAAUCAAGAAACUUUUAUCAUCGUCUUCAACCAGUCAUUCCAUUAAAAUCAAGCACAUUACACCGGUUACAGCCUUGCAAUCACCUGAUGAAGUAGCUAGGAAAAAAUUGGAGCAACAACUAGAAGAGGCCUUCUUUAACGGACAACCAACUUCGCUUCGAAAAACAGUCGAAUUUGUAAGCGAAAGAGUGGCGUCGACUUGCGUAAAAUACGUGUGCCACACUUUGGUCCCCAAACAUAAAAAAAUUGCUUCCGAAAAGUUCAAAUCUUGCAUACAAUUCAAAAAGAAUGAAGAUAUAGAAACCCAGAAGACUGCCAUGAAAACAACGGCUAAUGAGUUAGCUGUCACUUGCUUGGAAGAACUUCAAAAAGCUUGUGACAGCGAAAUGGAAACAAUCACCGACUCGAAAAUUCAAAAGGCUAUCGAAUCUUUGGUUUCUUUAGACGUUUUACCACAAACUAUACAAGUGUGUGUGGGAAUUACCAAGAAAACAUGCCUAGAACGUGUCAAACAGUGGAUUGAGAGUCACGUGACUUUGGUUGUUUUUACGAAAGAUUUUAAUGACGAGAUUCAAAAAAUCACAAACCAAGACGGUAAAAAACCACGAAAGCCAAUUUUCAUGUUGCCACCUGGUGGCACUCCCAUGGAACACAAUGAAAAUGUGACCAGUGCUGCCCAUUUGCUCGAAAAAUACAGGGUUUUAACAGUUGGUGUAAUUGAAAAUAAUCCAUUAUCGCAGGAGGUCUUAGUUUCACUUCUGGACGAUACUUCCAGGAGUAUAAAUGAGAGAAGUGACUUUAAUCAGUGUAUUUUGGCGACGAUAUGCACGCAGAUCCUCGAUUUGAUGCUUUUACUACUCGCACACGAUUGGACUUUGCUCUCUAAUGAUGUCCUGUCAAAGUCUUGCGACAUUUGGAGGUUAUACUACAAUGGCUGUGAUGAUUUAUUCAAGUCUUUGCUGUGUCCGCGCAACGUGGCGUUUUUUGCACAGUCGCGUGAUCGCAAAGCCACCUGGGAUGCUUUCGCAAAGUUCUGUGCUUAUUUAAUUAAACACAACUUGUUGAGUAGCGAAGUUUUCGAAUCCCAGUGUACGGGGAUUUUUAGGACUAACUGGGAUCAGGAGACGUUGAAACUGAUUACCGACUUUCUAAGGACUUUUGGGAGACUGUAUCGCGAUCAAGGUGGCAGUACUUCGGAUUUUGCGUUAUUGUUGGAUUUUUUUUCUGAUUAUUGUGAAGACUUAUUUUAAGCUUUUUUAUUGUAAUUUAUUUUAAUACAGAGUCGUAACAAGAGUAGACAAUAAUGGGCUGGUCAGCACUGAGGUAAAAUAUCCCUAGCGGUGACACGUGAAGGUGAAAUAAACAAAAGUAGUAAGUGUUCUGUGAACGAAACAAAGUGCAGGUGGUCCCGGUCAUGCCGUAAGUUAUUUUUUUUAGAUUUAUUACUAUGCACUAUACACGUUUGUUAAUAUUACGACAAAACAUGUGUAAUCAAAAAUCAUUCAAAUAAUGUAGUUUCGAACACCA